AUGGGCCACCAGCAGCAGCGCACCGCGGCCAGGGCCGCGCCGACGCUGCUGCCAAUCCCCCUCCCCCUGCCCCUACACGCGGCCGCGAUGGGCGGCGCGGUGGACGUGGCGCACGGCGCGCGGUGGCCGCCGAGCGUCGAUGCACCAGCUGCUGUCCCGGAGUUUGCCGCCACCACGCCCCCUGAUGUCAGCGAGGAGGUCCUGGCGCUGAUCACCGCCGCGGAGGUGCAACAGCGGCUCCAGAAGGCGAGCAACACUGCUCCUGGGGCAGACGGAGUCACCUACUCGGACCUGCGACGUGAGGAUCCUGGCUGCCACGUGCUAGCUAGGAUCUUCUCGCGCUGCUGGAAUGAGCGGAAGACUCCGGUGCAGUGGAAAAUAUCCACUACCGUCCUCAUCCACAAGAAAGGGGACGUCUCGGACGUGGCAAACUGGCGGCCUUUAGCAUUGAGCUCUACCAUCUCUAAGCUCUUUGCUGCAAUCGUUGCGGACCGCACUUCUCUCUGGGCAGAGCGGUUGAACCUGCUCUCCCCAGAACAGAAGGGCUUCCGCACGUUUGAAGGCUGCUACGAGCACAACUUCAUUGUGCAGACGGCAAUUGAUGAUGCAAGGCGCAGGGGAGGCCAAGCAUGCUUUGCUUGGCUUGAUCUGGCGAAUGCUUUCGGUUCAGUGCCUCACGCUCACCUCCUUGGAGUACUGAGCAGGAUGGGACUACCAGAGCAAUUGCACCAUCUAAUUGCCGACAUGUACGAUGGUUGCUCCACCCGCGUCCGUACAUCUGACGGACUAACGGAGGAGAUAGAGAUCCAGGCAGGGGUCAAGCAGGGCUGUCCACUGUCGCCCAUCGUCUUUAAUCUCGCGCUCGAGCCGGUACUUCGCGCCGCAACCUCACUCAGAAAUGAGUGUGGUAUUCCGCUUAGCGGCGUCAGUGUGAGUGCACUGGCGUAUGCGGACGAUAUCGUGCUUCUGGCGCGGGAUUCAGAGGCGAUGCAGACGCUCCUCAAUGUUGUGGGUGAGGCGGCGACGUGGGCCGGGCUUACCUUCAAGCCGUCGAAGUGUGCCACGCUUCACAUCCGCCGUCGGCAGACACUAGGCUCGGUAUUCGCCCUGCAAGGGGGAGAACCAGCCGUGCUCGGUGCGGGUGACGCCUACCUCCAUCUUGGCGUUCCCACCGGGUACAAAGUCACGCAGACGCCAACGGAUGCGAUCGCGGCAAUUCGACGCGACUUGCAGCACCUGGACGCCUCCCUGCUGGCUCCCUGGCAGAAGAUUGACGCUGUGCGUGUCUUUCUCCUCCCUAGGCUUGACUUUGUCAUGCGGGGCGGAGCGGUACGCAAGGGGCCGCUAUCUGCACUCGACAAGGCAGUGAAAGCGGCUGUCAAAUCUUGGCUGUUCCUCCCACAGCGUGCGUCCACCGAACAGCUGUACCUCGCGCUGGGAGAGGGAGGAUGCGGCCUGACGCCGCUCGCGGACGCUGCGGACAUCUCAACGAUCGUCCACGGCUUCCGCAUGCUGCACUGCGACGACGCCACCGUCCGAGACAUCGCCUGGGCCACACUAACUACGGCCGCGCGCCGCCGACUGGGGAGGAAGCCGAGUCGUUCCGACUUGGCCACCUACCUUAGCGGCAGCACUGAGGGUGACCUCGCACGCGACGGUGGUGACAUCCAGUCACUGUGGACGCGCGUCAGGAACGCCACAAGGCGCCUAGCGCCGCGUGGCGUCACCUGGCGCUGGAGUGAACUGCUUUCCGAGUUGCAGGUGGAGGUCGGCGGCCGACCCGCCAUCGCUGACGACGCGGAACACGGCGGCAUCGGAGGGGUGACGCAGCCGGCCACGGAGGGGACGGCGCCUGGGACUACACGACACCUCGAAGAUGGCGGCGAUGGACCGCAGCACGAUGAUGACAGCGUGGGACGCACCGCCAACACUGGCGUCGAGCAUGUCCGGGUGGGAGGGGGCGCCAAACGUCUUCUCUCGCGGACGCUCCGCGAGUGUCUGAGGCAGCGCCUGCGCCACAUCCUACUCAGGAAACCGGACCAGGGGAAGGUGUUCGAGUGCACCAGGGAGUCCACAGCGUCCAACCACUUCAUAGCGGGAGGCAAAUACACCCGCUUCGCAGACUGGCGCUUUAUCCAUCGCGCCAGGCUCGGAGUCGUGCCUCUGAACGGUUGUCGCCGCUUUGAUGGGCGGGCAAACAACAACAAAGCCUGCCGACGCUGUGGCCACAACAACGAGACGCUCCCGCACGUGAUUAACGCGUGCAUGGUGCACUCAGCAGCCCUGCAGUAUCGCCACAACGCGGUCCUCAACCGCCUCGCGACAGCAGUCGCUGGGCGGCCAAGAAGAGGAAACACUGCUGUUCCUGACAUCAGGAUCAACCAAGCCGUCAUAGGGGACAGCAGUGGGCUGCGUCCGGACCUCGUAAUAACCGACGAGGCCGCGAAGUCUGUGACCAUCGUCGAUGUGACGAUCCCCUUUGAAAAUAGGCGGAUUGCGCUCGACAACGCUCGGCAACUGAAGAAGAUAAAGUACGCCGACGUUGCGCGCGGAUUAGCCGCUCGCGGCUAUUCUGUCACUGUCGACGCCCUGGUUGUCGGCAGUCUGGGGGCGUGGGACCGCCAGAACGAUGCAGUGCUUCGGCACCUAGGCAUCGCUAGCCGCUACUGCCAACUGAUGCGGCGGCUGAUGGCUGCGAGACCCUCGAGACUGCAGUCGUCGGAGAACUUCGAGGUCGGUGCCUUCGUGACGUCGGCGUCGAGAUUCUCCUCCACGACGCGGGACCUGCGGCGCUACACCAUCUUCGCGCCGCACUGCAGCAGUGCCGAGUCAGUAGCGGUGCGUGCGGUGCUGCCUGGUGCCCCUCCCUCCGUGGUGUCCGCCGAAUAUGGCCCCCACCUUGGUUGGCGCGGUGCUGGGCGGCGCCAAACGUGUGCCUACUGCCCGGCAGUCUCCAGCCAGCGUGGGAAGCAACGCCCUCCUGCCACGACACCCCGGAGACGUCUGCCGCAAGGCGGACAGAGGGGAGAAGUCCGGCUGUGUGUGACCCGCCUGCGUGCGUGGCACACCAGCCGCUGGCAGCCGUGCGUGUGCAGUGUGCUGUCAGGGCAUGGAGAAGAAUGCAAUAAAUAA